GAAAGAUGGCGGAAAGUGCCAACAAACAGCUGACCGGGUAUUUUAGCGGUCAUUUUAUAUACACAAAGAUCUAUUGCAAUGUUAGCAACAGUAUUGAAUUAGGCAUAUUUGUAAACAUUUGAAGUUAGAAAGAUGGAUAACCUUGUAGGUAUGUUUGACCCAACAGCUGCCACGGAACUUCCUGCAAGCCUGCCUCCAGAGGAAGAAGAAGGAAAUGUGGAGUAUAAGCUGAAACUGGUGAACCCAUCAGACUUCCGGUUCGAGCACCUUGUAACGCAGAUGAAAUGGCGUCUGGAGGAGGGAGAAGGGGAGGCCAUCUAUGAGUUGGGGGUGGAGGACAAUGGCAUGAUGGCGGGCCUGCCGGAUGUGGAACUUGGGGCGUCGGUCAACACACUCAAGCGGAUGGCUGUGAGACUCGGUGCAUCCCUAUCUGUGCUUCGUGAGCGAACGGUAGAGGGGGACGGUGAGGACUGUAUACGACGAAGGGCAUUAGAGAUACUUGUCAGGAAAGUUCCAGAUGAUCAAGAGUUUCUGGACAUGCGUCUUGCUGUGCUGGGAAACGUUGAUGCUGGGAAGAGUACUCUGCUGGGGGUCCUGACUCAAGGAGAGCUGGAUAACGGGAGGGGACGGGCGCGGCUCAACCUGUUUCGUCAUCUGCAUGAAAUACAGUCAGGGAGAACAUCAAGCAUCAGUCAUGAGAUUAUUGGCUUCGACAGCACAGGGGAGAUGGUCAACUAUAGUGGGUCCAGGUCUGUAGAAGAAAUCUGUGACAAGUCCACCAAGUUGAUCACUCUCAUUGAUCUUGCCGGACACCACAAGUACCUCAAAACCACCAUAUUUGGGCUGACCGGGAACUCCCCAGACUUUGCCAUGCUCAUGGUCAGUGCCACCACGGGAAUCACUGGUACUACAAAGGAACACCUAGGGUUUGCACUUGCACUGGGUGUGCCUGUGUUUGUGGUUGUCAGCAAGGUGGACCAGUGUCGUCACAUCCUGACAGAGCGCACUGUGAAACAGCUCGAGAAGAUACUCAAGUCCCCUGGUUGUAAGAAAAUACCUGUCAGGAUCCAGAGUGAUGAUGAUGCCAUCACUUGUGCAUCAAACUUUGACACUGAAAAGAUCACGCCUAUAUUUACCAUCUCAAGUGUAACAGGGAAGAAUCUGGAUCUCUUGAAGAUAUUCCUCAACGUCCUGCCUCCACUCAGGAGUCGCAAAGAUCGUGAAAGGCUGGCCCAGGACAGCACAGAAUUCCAGAUUGAUGACCGAUUCUCAGUGCCUGGUGUUGGAGGCGUUGUAGGUGGAACUAUAUUGAGAGGAUCUAUACGAGAAGGAGAUAUGGUUUUGUUAGGACCAUCUGACAACGGAGAUUUUCGUGAGGUCAAAGUCCGAACAGUUCACCGAAACCGGUUGCCAUGCCGACUGAUCCAAGCAGGACAGACGGCAACAGUUGCACUUCAAGAUGUCGAGAAGGAGCAGCUGAGAAAAGGGAUGGUGCUAGUGAGUCCGGACUCGGAGCGGUAUGCCUGUCGAGAGUUUGAGGCUGACAUUUAUGUGCUGUUCCACUCUAGUCGUAUCUCUGUGGGGUUCCAGACCACCAUCCAUAUAGGAACCGUCUGCCAGACUGCUGUUGUAGUCCAAAUGGAUAGGAAAGACGAACUGUGUGAGAUCCAGCUUCUAAAGAAAAGUUGUUUCAACCAGUGACCCUCACAGUCGGCACAUGACCUGGAAGCAAGGACGUCACAUUACUGCUUUGUCAGCUCCAAGAACAGACGUGUAUCCCCUGUGGAAAUAAAGCUUAUUGUUUGCUAGCAAACAUUGCUUGUUGUUUGAUCGUUUGCUCAUGUAUUGUCUUCUGUUUAUGGUUUAUGCCCUUUAUGUUCUUUCCAUAUGUAUUUUAUAGUAAUAUUACGGGCAUAUUGUUGUUCCAUCCAACAUAUUGAAUUUGCCACGUGGUCCAUUUUCGUGUCUUGCAUUCUGAAUUCAUUUGGCUUGGGUAGUCCAUUAUUCUGCUUUACCUCAUGUUUGUGUGUUUUAAAGCAUUGCUCGCAAAAAAUUUAAAAAGGAAAAGUUUUUAUGUUACAUUGUGCCUCCCGUUCCCGUUGUGUGCUUGCCACAUCAAUAUGACUUUGCUAAAAUUAUAGAAUUUAUGCCUCGUUGUACCCUCUGCAAUGGAAAGAAAUCUGGUCUGUAGCCCCACCCUCUCUGCCCUGAUUGUACAAUACCCUGUACUCUAUCACUGCAGUCCCUUGUCUACCUUUAACCUCUACUUAUGAUUAACCAGGAAACAUCAACACCUACUGCAGUCUCAUAUGCCACCCAUACCACACCCUACCAUGUCUUCAUCUUCGGUGCCUGCAUCUCUCAACUCUUCCACGGCGACUCUGGCACCUGUACUCCUCUGCUGUGUCUGCGGUGCCACCAGUGCCUCCUGGUUACAGCCCCCUAACCUUCCAAUAGACGCCUCAACAUGUAGUUCCACCUUGCUUUAUGGAUGAUGCCUGGAUGCAGUCCUUGUCUCAUCAGACUUUGGCACCAGCCAAAGUGGUGCAGCUGUGCUUCAGCGCCUCCUCUCUUGUGUGUUCAGUUUACUUGCCCGAGCACCACUAUCUACUACGGGUUCUCAUUGGCCUCAAUCAACGAUGGGGUCUAACCGACUUCGAUUCCACCCGACCUCACAUUGACUGACCUCAUUCUAGCAUUAGAUGAGGACUUAGCCAAGCUCUCUCUCAUGCCGUCGUUGAAGCAUCCUUGUUUUCGUCAAGAUGACUUCCCAGUCCACUCUUUCGACGUAGCUGAUGGAGCUCACCUUUUGGAUGAGGACCUGUAUCGAAUGACCAGGUCUUCCAAAAUUACCACACUUCACAUGCCAGAUACCCUCCUUGCCUUUGGAGAGUCCGAGCUCCAUCGACCACUACAGCCUCUCUCAACACUCGCUUCCUCCUCCAGAGCUAUAGACCAGGAUCUGUCAGAGUCCAAUCCCAAUUGGAUCGACUACCAGCGGACUGUAAUGUCUUUCCAGCUCUGACAGAUCGACCAUCUGUGGAAUCACUUGCGGAAAUAACUGCUAUUUGGUCUGGUCUGGGUCCUCUCUGUUCAGUGGAGCUGGGUUUCCUGCUUUGCAGAAGGCUUUAAGGCCCUUGAGCACAUUACACAGCAGACAUUGGCCAAGUCGUAUAGGGACUCUACUAACCUCGACAUUCCUCACCCUUUCGAGGCCAGGAAUGUGGUCAAGGCAAGCCCAGCGGUACCUACCAGCCCCAACAUGAUUGCCACCUUGGCAAAGGUGCCGAUCAGAAGUCCAAACGCCCACCUGUUUGACUUCAAUGUGUCGUUCCAAUACACCUGUAGGUGGGCGACUGGGAUGGUUUGGGCAAAACUGGAUUAUCCUAGAGGACCCGUUCGUUACCAAAGUCCUCUGUCAGGGGUACAGUCUUCUGCUGGUACUACAUCCACCUCUGACGUCUACCCAGACGACAGUUGCUUACUCCCCACAUCAACAUCAGCUCCUGUGUGACAGCAUUGACACCCUGCUUCUCAAAGGAGGCCAUAGAGGUUGUUCACUGCUCUGGAUCAAACUCUGGGGUUCUGCUCCCAAGUAGGGCGCCAACAAACUAUGCAUGAUCCAUAACCUCUCCAUUUUCAAUCGGUGCUACCUAGAACAGCCUCUCUACUUCCGGAUGACAAUGUUGAGGCGGCUCAGGACAAGAAUCAACGCCGGUGAUUCCAUGAUCAGCUUCGACUUCCAAGAUGCCUACCUCCAUGUGCCUAUCCAACCUAGUGACCCGCAGUUCCCACAGCCAGUAGCCCAAUCCUUGACGCCGCAGAGUCUCCGAUACCCAAGUGGUCCUGUUGAACUCUCCAGUGUUUAUGACCCCAGAUUACAGAUUAGAGGGCUCGACUACGUUUCUACAUUUGCUCUUAGGUCAAUUCUACUUUAUGGCUACCCGCCUCUUUCUAUUUCUGCCACCUAAUCGGGUUUUCCUGUUGCAUCAUCUCUCGUUUCCUUCUGACAGAAAUGGUCAUGGAUUUUCCGGUCUAGACUUGGAUGGGGUUGCAGGUUCAUCAGACCUUGACGACAGUUUAUUAUGGAUUACGUCUGAAGGUAUGCCCACCUGCCAUAACGUUGGAUAAAGAUACAUUAAGGAGUAAUGCAGGAUAAGUUAAUAUAUUUAGUCAAAUCUAAAUAUAUUUUUUACACUUGUAUACUUAGCCUGCAUUGCUACGUCUAAAUGAGAAAUGUCCUCCCUUUGCUGCACUACCUCCCCACAAAGUUUCAGAUGUUGUGUUUGCAGUAAUGUGCUCUUAUGUGAUGUCAUCGCCUCCGGCUCACAUGCCAACUGCGCAAGGGUGCUGCCACUUUCCUUUAGCAGCUGGAUCUCACACAGUUUGUUUUUCUGUCAAGAUAUAGCAGUAAAUGCUUUGAAGGAGUAAUGCAGGCUAAGUAUACAAAUGUAAAUUUUUAUUAGAUUUUACGA